CGCGCCGGACCCUAUGCGGCGGCGGCGCCUUCCCCCCUCGCGGCUGAGGGAGCGCGAGGCGCCGAGAAAGACUCACCGAGGCGCAGGGGCUGGAGGUGGCGCUCGGGUGAUGUCAUUGCAGCAAGGCACAACACGAAGGCGCUCACCCUCCUCCAGCUGCCAGAGAAGGGAGAUGAUGACCCACCUCACUCUGUAGUUGGAAGCCCAGCAACCCCCUGGGGACUGUUGCUCGGCAACAGUCAAACACACACAGAAGAUUCUGCAAGAGUCCUCUGGCUUCCCUGAGUGAAACAUGGAUACAGAACCAGAGAAGAGCGAGGUGGGUUCUGAGAGAAGCCCCUUCAGUGAGACACUUUUGGAAGAAGCAACAAGCAGCCCAAGGGGGGCGGUCAGGCCGCUGACUCCGCGGUCAGAUGCUCAGUGGAAGUCCAUUUUCUACGAGACCCUGCAGCCGAGGGCUUUGGGUCUGCAGCAGAUGAGGGUGGAGAAGCUCCGCAACAGCAAGAUGAUACAAAAAAAGGUCGAGAAGAAAGAGCCCCCGGACAAGCUGUCUCGCGACUGGUUCAACGACGAGAGCAUGACCCUGGAGACUCGGGCCUACCUGGUUGAUAAGCUCCUCCCCACCUUGGUCCCUGGUGUGGAGAAGCUGCUCAUGGUUGCAGAGAAGAAGAAGGCUCUGGAAUCUGAACCCCUUACCUUUGACCCCAUUACUUUCCUGGGAGAGUACCUGAUGAGGCACAACCCGGCCUAUGAGAUUAACGCCAUGCCCAAUCCCUACGUGCGUGGGAUGAAAGCCAUCGCAGACGAGCUGAAAGCCAAAGUGCCCGAGACCACGUUGCACAAACUGUCACAGAUGAAGACUCUGGUCAAAGAAAAACGCAAGCAAAGGGAGCAGGUGGAAAAGAUCAAGACUCACGUGAGAGACAUGCGGAAGGAGGCUCUGUCCAUGCAGUUCAAAGAGUGGACGGCGGAUCUCACAGGACAGAUCCCUGUUCUGCUGAUCCAAAGUGCCUUGAAGUCAUUCAUGGAGUCUGUCUCUUCAGAACUCAGUGACGAUGGGACAGGAAUCUAUGCCAGGCCUCUGGAAUCAGUGGGGUCCCUGGCUGUGAAGCUGAACGAAGAGCAGUUCACAGAGUAUCUCCAUUCUUACAUCAAGAAUUUCAACAGCGACAUGUUCCAGCAAUUGCUGCAACACCUCCUACAGUGUGCCAACGAUGCACGUAACAUAAUCAGACACGACAUCUGGCGGCAGAUGUUUCUCCAACUGUUCUUCAACUGCGACCAUGGAAAGGUGGGGCUCUUGGACAGACAGAGGAUAUUAUCUUUACUGGAGGUCUUCUUCUACAACUGCUCCCCACAGCACAAGAAGGGAUUCCUUGACCCCAAGAAAUGGCCAAUUAUAGAACUGGACGAUAUAGAGGUAGCUGAGUUUUGGGGAAUUAUGGAAGAUGAGCCGAUUUCGGAGAAGUCUAGCCUCAACAUCCCAUCGGGUGAACUUGCAUUAUCUGAGGAAGCCAUUGCCCUCAAGCUGCUCUUGAAAGACAUCCUGUCUGACAUGGAGAUGGUUUCACCUGAAGGCGGUGAGGCCCCUGGGGGGUCCGCAGCUGCUGACCAAGAGCAAGAGGCCAGCCACGCAGGAGAGGAGGGUGAAGUCGUUCUAGCAUCAGCCCUCCAGGAUCAGGCAGAAAUGCCAGCUGUAGAGCCGGGACCUGGCGAAGCAGCAGCUCAGGAGGAACAAGGUCCAGCAGCCACAGCAGCUGCAGAGUCAACCGCCCAAGGAACUGUUUUACCUGCUGGCGAAGACGUGGUGCGUGUAACCACCCGGGCAUCAGCACCAGAGCUACCUGUGGAAACCCAGGAGGCUGACAGGGAUCCACAGCCCAGAAGCUCUGCUCCUGCUUCCUUCAUUAACAUGCAAUCUGGGCUACAGCAGACACAGAACGAAGAACUGGGCCCUGGCAGUGCAGAAGCAGCGGCAGCUCAGGAGGAGCCAGGCAGUCGGGGGCAGCUGCACAGGAGCAGUGAAGGUGUGCCAGGUCCAAGCAAACGGCCAGGACAGAAGCUUUCAGUUUCAGAUUUGCUCUCAUUGCCCAGUGGGCUAGACAGCGAGACAUGUGAAAAGGCACCUCAGAAGAUAUAUGGAAAGAUAUGGUCAGGUGACCUUCAGACUGCUGACCUGUCCUUCGUGUACACCGACUAUGGCAAGGAAGUCCGGGAGGACUGGAACAACGAAAGCACCAGGUUUCCAGACCUGCGCAUGAAUAUGAUAGAAAUCCAGGCCCGUGGGCCCCCAUCUACCAUAAGCAGCUUUGACAAGGAGUCCCUCAACCCGCCACAGUUUGUGCAGCUAAUGGAGACCUUUGUUGGUGAAGAAACGACUCUGUCAAAUGUGAAGAGGCUUGUGGAGUUUGUGAAGGAAGGUUACGUACAAACCGAGAAAGAGAAGAUCAGGCAGAUGGAGAGAAUCCACCAGAAUUCUUUCUUGGUCCGGCAACAGCUCCUCUUGGCUGCGCUCUUUGAGAAAUGGGAUAAUGAAUGCUCUGGGUUCUUGGACAUGCAGGAAGUGGAUGCUGUUCUGUCCACCUUUAAGGAAGGGAUGGAGCAAGAGGCAUUAAACAAAGCCAAGCUGCAGCUCCCCAUACCCCAGUGGCAUCCUAGUGGGAUUGUGAAGUUAUCCCAAAGAGACUUCCAAACCUACAUGGAGCUGGUUGUCUCUGAGCUCACCGGCAACGAAGACGAACUGCUGGAUAACAUCGUGGAGUUUCUCAUGAUGGCAGUGGAGCGAACCCACACAGAGCGAUUGCGAGGCAGUGCGCGGAGGAAGUGGCUGCUCAAGAUCGAGAACACAGCCAUGACCAAUGGAGGGUCCAUCAAACCGGUGUAUGAUGUCCUAUUCAAGGUUCUUUGUCGGGACACAGAUGCCCAUGGAGACACCAAGAAGAUCAGUGCUUAUAUUGCCCUUUUGGAAUAUAACUUGGUUUCCCCAGAGAGAGGAGAUAUUCUCCUACACUAUGUAGCAUGCACAGAGGAAGACGCUCCAUAUGUCCUAAACCAAUCACUUUUCAUGGAUAUGGAAGGAGUCAGCUUUGCAGCAGCACUAGACGACAAGCCAAUCCAUGUCCCCAGAGUUCAUCUGCAUGGAAACAUCCACUUCUGGAACCAGGAUCGCCCCCGGGAAGAGAGGAAGGGCUCCUUCUUGGUGCUGCCGCUCGAGGAUAUCCGAAGAAGAGUUUUUGGUGUUCUUGGUCUGGACACUCUCCAGGACAAGAACGAGAAAACCAUCUUUGUGCCCCACGAAAUCCGUUUCUAUCAGGGGAUUGCAAACACAUUCAGCAUAGCCUACCACCACAUCCGCACCAAGGAAAGUAUAAUGCAGGUCCUCAUCACAGCUCUGGGAUGGCUCUUCACCCGUGUGUCACACCUUCAAACCAUCACUACGUACUUCAUGGAGCCUGGCGAGGACAGGAUGCAUGACUAUACCUUGCGUAAAGUAAUGACUUCAGAUAUGAACGAGCCGGCGGAGGUCCAUCUCCCUCCAGGUCCUGUGGUCAGAAGAAGAGAUAACAUAUUCAGAGAUUACCUGUUCAAGUGCAUAGACUGUUCAGUGGUGGUUACCAAGUUUGUGUUUGAAGAACAUCGUAUUGCAGUUCCUGUGAGGAAUCAGAUGGGCCAGGCCAUUGCAGUGUUUGAUGUCAACCUUGGAAGCCGCCAAAAGCUACCAACCUGUGAGCACAGAGACCUGCAGAAGAUGCUGAGGACAAUACAGGCUGCCGUUUGUGAGAUCCUGAAAGAGGAUUCUGGAGAGAAAGAUCCAUUCUACGUCUUGGAGGCAGAGUAUGUGGGGGACUGGAGGCGUGGGGGAGUCCUCUUCUACCGAUUCAUGCUGCAGGAUUUACAGAAUUGCAUCUGGAAUCUUGAUCCUUUCUCUUCCUUCAGUGAAAUAAGGUGCUUUGAAAAGCCACCACACCUGGUGCAUACAAUACUUAAGUGUGUACUGCUGAUUCUGUACCCCCAGUGGGCUGGUACGCAGGAGGUUGAGGACUGGAAUUGUUGCAUAGAGAAAAUUGAUGGAGAACUUAUUGAAAACAUUUGCUACUUUGACCCAACUGCUGCCUAUGUGGAGGUUCGACCAGAGACUCUGUACAGUUGCCUCCAUGGUGCAGGCAGAAAAGCUGUGUGGAAGUUUCGCUCGACUGCAUUGGAGUACCUCUACAACUGGGUGAACACCUGCCUAUCAUUAAUAGAGCUGGCAAAGAAACUUCAGCAUCGUCAGAGCAUGGCAACAUCAUCUACAGCUCUCAUCACUCCCACCCUGUCUCGGUCGCUUAGGUCAUCUCAGAUUUCAGCAAACACAAACCACACUUUUGCCAUUCCUGUAGUUUAAAUUUGUUUUGUGAUUUAAAAAAAAGCAUUUAGAGAAUUUUUAAACACCCCCAUGUGUGCAUGUGCUUUUGGAUGUGAAAUUACACUUCUUUGUCAAGCUAAAUAAGAGCCUUAAAAAUGUUCAGAGGUAAAUGUUCUGAUGCAAUAGGUGGAAUAAAGUGACCUUCAGGGGCCAGGUGGAUUGCUCCCAACUUCCAUUUAAUUCUGACAGCAGGGGGGGGGGAUUAGAGGGAAGGGAAAUUACAACUUGUACCUCUUUCAAGUUUACACAAUUCACAAAUGAUUAAAAAGAGCAGCAGGCAGAAGGAGAAAAGAGCUUCAAAAUUAAAUUGUGUAUUUAGCAAAGCUCUUCUUUCUGAAGUGGCUUUUUAGAAGUCAUUUUAAGCUUGACAUGAUGAAGGGACAGUUUGUGUUUCACUUGUUCCCAAGGGGAAGCACACCUACGCUCUCAUUUUAAGGCAACGAAGAGCUUUUUCAUUGGCUAGAGCCUGAGAUGACAACACUUUUCAGUGUUCUGAUGCAAGAUUCCAUCUUUGCAAUAUUUUAUCUUUCAGCAGAAUCUUUUUUUAAUAAAAUUUGGGGAAAUUAAAACUUUUCUCUCCGUUCUUUAGCUGACAAAAAACAAUGGCAUAUCUACCUAAUAUUCUGUAAUUUGAGAUUAUAGGUUGCUUUUAACGUUGCCUGAUAAAUUGAUUACAGUGUUAUUACAAUUUAUGAUUCCUCUGAUUAUCUGAUGCUUGAACAACAGCAAGUGAAUAUCUGCAGGGGGCCAGGGGGUGACAUUUGAAGCACUUUGCAAUGAUGUUCCUGGGAACAGUGUCCUUAGCAAAAUAUUGAUACCAAAAGGUCUUUGUCAGCUCAGAAUUUGUUCACUAGCAAUUCUGCACUAAUACAAAUAGCUUUUUCUAAUAAAAAAGAGGGUUGGA